AUGGCAGAGAACAAAGACACCACCAUCAAGUUGCUUUUAAUAGGAGAAUCGGGUGUUGGGAAGUCGUCUUUACUUCUUAGAUUCUCGGAAGACACAUUUAAUCCGAUGUAUAUCACAACUGUUGGUAUAGAUUUUCGAGUGAAAAACAUUGAAUUGGAUGGUCAUAAGUUGAAGCUUCAAAUCUGGGAUACCGGAACGGUUCAGAACUAUUGUCUCGAGCUAUUAUCGAGGUGUCAUGGGUAUCGUAUUAGUCUACGACAUCACUCUCCGCGAGAC